AUGGCCCUAGUAUCCUACAGCGACUCCGAAGGUUCCGACUCCGAACCCGAAACCACCACAAAACCAACCACCCAAACCACAACCACAAAACCUACCACCACCGCCGCCCCAAAGCCGAAACUUGUCGACAGCAGCAACCCGCGCAAGAUCCGCGUCGCGCUCGAUCUCAAACCCGAAGAGAAAAAUGACAACGAUGACGGGCCCGCGCGAAAGAAAGCAAAGAUAGGCGGUGGUGGAGCGUUCGCGGGGUUCAAUUCGUUUUUGCCUGCGCCGAAGAGGGCUGCUGCUCCCGCUGCGGCGGAGAAGAAGGGUUCUGUUGGGGCCGGGCGGAAGGUGUUUAGUUUGAAGACUGGCGCUACGCCGGGGUUUGAUCGUGGGUUGGAUGAGGAGAGUAGGAAUGAGUGGGCUAUGGAACAGGCGGGUUCGAGUACUCCUGGUGGUCGGGGAGAUGAUGAUGAUGGGACGAUUCCUAAGGCUGGGAGUUUGAGGGAUGAUGGUGGUGAGGGUGGGUUGCAGAUGAAGAAGCCGGAGGAGGUUAAGUUGAAGGGGAAUCCGAUGAUGUUUAAGCCGUUGUCUGUUGCGCGGGGGACGCAGAAGAAGAGGAAGGUUGUUUCGUCGAAGCCGGUCGAGACUGCUGCAGAGGUUUCGCAAGGUGUGAAGGAGUCAGUUUCGGAACAGAGUAAGCCUGCUGCUUCUGCUUCUGCUCCUGUGCAGCCACCUGCGCCGAAACCGAAAGUGAGUCUUUUCUCGCUUGGGUCGAGUGAAUUUGCGGCGAGUGUUGUUCCGGGACCUCAGGCGCAGAGCGCAACGUAUGAGCCGUUGGUAUAUACUGCAGACACGGAUGCGCCUGAGGCCGGUCCAGAGGUAGAGCGCGAGCCUCAGGUUCCAGCUGUGGCGUCGGAACCGGCAACGACGCAGACGUUGGAUAAUAUCGCGGAUGAUCUGAAUCUGUCGCGGUCUCAACGACGGCACCUGUUUGGUCGCAAUGCGGACGCCUCGAAAUCGCGGAUCCUUCAUUUCAACACAGACAAGGAGUACAUUGCCAACCAGGAGAUGGCGCAUCAGACCGAUAUGGCGGCGCUUCAGCACAACCCGGUGCGUGCCAUUGCUCCUGGAAAACACACGCUGCAACAGCUGGUCAAUGCGGCAAGUUCUCAACGGGAAGCUUUGGAGGAGAGUUUUGCAUCUGGACGAAGGAACAAGAAGGAGGCUGGGUCAAGGUAUGGCUGGUAA